GGGGGCCGGGCCUGCCAGCGGCCUAUUGGACGCCGCUCGGCUCUUAUUUGCAUAUUCAUGAAGCAGGGGAGAGAGGCCGGACGCCGGCGUACGCCGAGAGUGAUGAAUUAUUCAUGAAGUGGUUCUCGCCCCGCCCCCGAGGGGACCUGAUUGGUUAUCCAUGAGCUCGAGGGGCGGGUUGGAACCGGAAAAGGCCGUUGCGGCCCCGUCGGCGGGGAGAGGCGGGCGCGAGGCCCGCGGAGAGAGAGGGCCGUUGAGGGACUGUUCGCUUUCUAAGUCUCUGUGAGCUUUUCCUUCUCUUCUCACGGGAGAGUUUCGAUGUGAACGUAUAUCGCUGGGGCGCCGAAUACUGUGAGGAGACGCCCCCGGGGGGAAGCUUCUAGGUUAGACUUAAAAGAAUCCUGAUACGUUACUAUAAUGGCCAUUGCUCAGCUCUCUCACCCCAUCAGAAUUCGCAAGGCAUAUAAGGGACCAAUUUUCCCAUCCCAAAUUAGUGAUCAGGAAGAGUCCUUGGCAACAGUGAAGAAACUUUUUGCUACUUGUAUCUCAUGUAUAACAUAUUUAAGGGGCCUGUUUCCAGAAAGCUCUUAUGGAGACCGCCAUUUGGAAGACCUCAAUUUAAAAAUCCUCCGAGAAGAUAAAAGCUCUCCUGGGUCUGAGCUUAUUAUUAAAUGGAUUCAAGGUUGCUUUGACGCUUUGGAAAGGGGAUACCUACACAUGGCAAUCCUUACACUUUACCCAAAUCCCAAGGAACCUGAGAAAGUGACUGAGAUAUACCAGUUCAAAUUCAAAUACACAAACGAAGGAAUCACUAUGGAUUUUGACAGCAGCACGAGCAUUGAGAGCGGGACAAAGAGGGGCCACAUUAAGAAAGCCAGCAUCCUGCUACUCCGCAAACUGUACAUGCUGAUGCAGAACCUCGGCCCCCUUCCCAAUGACGUUGUCCUCACCAUGAAACUCCACUACUACAACGCAGUGACCCCAGAUUAUUACCAGCCCCCUGGCUUUAAACACGGGGUGAACUCGCACGUCGUGCUGUUCGAGGGGGAGCCCGUAAACCUGCAAGUGGGCGUCGUCUCGACCGGCUUCCACAACAUGAAACUCAAAGUCAUCACGGAAGCCGCCAGAGUGUCUGAUCUGGAGGAUAACCUCUUUCAGGAGAACAGCGUUUCCGAGGUCGCCCCUCAGGCUCCAGACGGCGAUGAGGAAGAGGAGGGGAGCAGCAACCAAGUCCCGAGAAGGAGCAUUGAGCUCAGUCAGCAAAGUUCGGAGAGCGCCAGGAAGAGGAGGAAGGUCAGCGAGCCGCUGAGACGCAUCGUCCUUGGAGAGGAAACGAGAUGAGAAGCCUCUGCUACGCUUAUCCCCAAAGAACUUUGUUUUGGGACAAACUACAUGAAGAGUCCUAGUAGGAGAGUGAGUUCCUAUCAUCACCCUUUUCCUAAUUUGUUCUUCAGCUUCCGUAGUUGAUAAAUUAUUAGGUAUGUGUGUUCACUUGGCCGCAGGGAAGCGCGGUCCGGGCUGCCCUGGGCUAGCCUUGUUUCCAGGGAUUUAGCGAUGGGACGCCCUUCCUGUUUACAAAGGGGCCAGCGCGGCUCCGGGAGGAGAAGCAGGCCGUUGUUCCGAAAGGAGAGAGGGUUUUCUUUGCAUAAUCAGACUCCCUGGUACUCAGACUGUGAAAUGUUCCAACUUGUUGUAACCUGUGCCCUGGAAUCCCUCUAGCUUUAUUAGAAUUCCCACCGAAUGGCACAGAUGUGUGCGGAGUGCUUGCCCAGGAGUGAUUUCUGUGUUAAUUCAGUCACGAGGUGGAACAGCUAAGUGUUGGACGAUCAGGUUCUUCCCAUCUGGCCCUGGGCCCGAUCUGUGGGCCAGCCUGAGGCCGGGGAAGAGGCUGCGGGGCCGGAGCUUGGCUCCCUCGUAAGGCCUGUGGUGAAUGCCUCCCAGCAGCCCUCAGUUUACCUCCCAGCAGCCCUCAGUCUGUAACCUGCAGAUGAGGUUGCUAGUUCCCUUUUUCUGGAAGAAUUUUGAUAGAAUGAACUAUAAAUGACUUCAAGUGUUCUUUUUGUUAUUCUCUAACAUGGGAUUUAGUUUAAAUGGAUAGAACCAAUAACUGAAAUGUAUAGGUUAAAUACAUUUAAAUAAAUGCAUUGGUUAAAUUUUCUGGUUAAAUAAAAAAAAUUAAAAAAUAAAAAGGCAAG